UUCUCAUGUAGGAGGUAGGAGUGCGCUAGCGCUAGUGUCAGCACCCAGGAAUGUGCGGUUAAUAAUCUCAAUAUUAUUCUCAUAAACUAUAGAUAUGAGAAUAAAAUAAUUAACUUCUGGGUAUCUAGACUAUUAUUAUUUUUAAAUAACUUUAUAAAUUAGGAUAUAGUUUUUUGAAAAUUUGAAUUUGUUAUUGUGUUGUGUUUAUUAAAUGAGCAUCAGUGCGUGUUUAAGAGUAAAAACGUUUCAGGUGUAGGACAAACUAACCGCCAGGUGAAUCGUCCGUUGAAGCGACAGAAAACUUAAAACCAUGUGGUUUUUACUACUGGUUUUAUUAUUAGCACCAAUAAAUGGUCAAAUAUCUCAAAAUGAAUAUGACGUAACAUCAAACUUACCAUGGAAUAAUCGGUAUGAUGAUUCCAAUAAUGCAAGAGACCAAAAUCAACAAUGGAAUAAUCGUUAUGAUGAUUCCAAUAAUUCAAGAGACCAAAAUCCGCAAUGGAAUAAUCGGUAUGAUGAUUCCAGUAAUGCAAGAGACCAAAACCCACAAUGGAAUAAUCGUAAUGAUGACUCCUCCAUAAAUGCAAGAGAUCAAAACCCACAAUGGAAUAAUCGUUACGAUGAUAACUUCAAUACGAGAGAUCAAAAUCCAGGAUUUUCAUUCCCGAAAACGAGCAAUGAUAAUUUAAUACUCAAAGAAGCAACGUAUUUUGUUGUGGCAUCUCGCUUAUGUCGACCCGGACAAAUUUACCGGCUGGCAGUUGAUGUUCUUCACAGUGUAUUGCCAAUGACAGUGCGAGCAUCAGUCCAACGUAAUGGAGUAGAAGUUGGAUCAGAUUACAAAGAAAUAAAAGAAGGUAUUCCCGAAAAUUUAAUGAUCCAAAUUCCAGCCACGUUAGUCAGUGGUGACUUUAAACUCCGAGUGGAAGGUCUCUAUAACGGACUAACCGGUGGUCAAGCUUUUCUCAACGAGACAAAACUUGUAUUUUCUCAACGUGCGAUGACUAUUUUUAUUCAAAUGGACAAGCCAGUUUAUAUGCAGGGUCAGACAGUGCGUUUCAGAGCAGUACCAAUAAAUACUGAACUAAAAGCGUUUAUUGAUCCUGUCAAUGUUUUAAUGUUGGAUCCUCAUGGUCGAAUUAUGCGUCGUUGGCUCAGUCGACAGAGUAAUCUCGGUACAGUUUCUUUGAGCUAUCAGUUAUCUGACCAGCCAAUUUUUGGUGACUGGAAAAUUGUCGUUGAAGCUCAGGGACAAAAAGAAGAAAAAAAUUUUACUGUUGAAGAAUAUUAUCAAACACGUUUUGAAGUAAACGUAACAAUGCCUGCAUUUUUCUUUGAUAGAGACCCAUAUAUUCAUGGAGUAAUUCAAGCCAAUUAUACAUCUGGUGCACCGGUAAAAGGAAACUUGACAAUAAAAGCUGUGAUAAAACCAAUAAAUUUAUUUCGGUCAUCGCAGUCAACACCCCUUGAGUUUUAUUUUAAUUUCAAUGAGUAUUAUCCAGCUUGGUUUAAACAACCGGAAAUCUAUCAAAACUAUCCGGUAAUGAGAUUUUUUAAUGGUACUUAUAGAUUUCAGUAUCCGAUGUAUGAACUUUUGUCGCGUUCAUCUGUCGCCGAUGGGCUGGAAGUCCAGAUAAUCGCGACGGUGGGAGAAAGUUUUUUGAAUGAAGUAAUCGUUGGUCAUUCUACUGCUAGAAUAUUUAACUCAACUGUCCGCAUACAUUUUUCUGGUGGUUCACCUCAAAUAUUUAAACCGGCUAUGCCAUACACGUUAAAUCUCGUCGCUUCGUAUCACGACGGAUCAGCAUUAAAAUCUUCAAAACUGUGGAAUGCGCAAAUGGAAGUGCGCGCGGAUAUUGAAUCAAGAGGCGGUUCUAGGAGCUUAGACACCCAAUAUCUACGAGUUUCUCCAGAUCAUGAAGCCGUUUGGUCAAUGAAAAUUGACUUGAGACAUCAGUUAGGACUAGGGGACAAUCCUCAGCAAGUACAGAAAGCUCUCAAUGAAAUAAAGUCUGUCAGAGUCCACGCGUCUUUUAUUGACGGGGAAGGAGAAAGAGCCAAUACAGAAUUACUUCUUCUGGCUCACGAAUCACCAAAUAACAGAAACAUAAAACUCUCGACAUCAACAAAGCAUCCGAAAGUCGGUGACUAUUUGGUACUUCACGUCCAAACAAAUUACUACAUUGAGACAUUUAAUUACAUAAUCAUGUCUAAGGGGACAAUACUUUUGACUGGUCAAGAUGUCAUGGAGCCAAAUAUUAAAACAUUUUCUAUUCCCCUGAGUUCAGAAAUGGCGCCGGUUGCUACCGCUGUCGUUUAUCAUGUCGGUAGAUAUGGUGACGUUGUCGCAGAUUCUUUAACUAUUCCCGUAAACGGGAUUUCCGGGAAUAAUUUCACUGUUUUUAUUAACAACAAAAAAGCUAAAACUGGAGAAAAAGUUGAAGUAGCAAUUUACGGUGAACCAGGUGCUUAUGUCGCACUGUCAGGAAUCGAUCGCGCAUUUUACUCAAUGCAAGCUGGCAAUGAGCUCACUUACGCAAAUGUUAUUUCAAAAAUGUCGUAUUUCGGUGAAGAAACAAAUGGUACCCAUGCGCACUCGUGGUUUUUCCACAGUGGAGAUCCAGAUGAUGCCGUUUUCUUUCCGUCAUCGAGCUUUGGAAUUGACGUUAAUCGAACAUUUGAAUACAUUGGUCUAGUUGUAUUUACAGACGCGUCUAUACAUCGAAGACCAGACAAUUGCAAUCGAACACAAGGAUACGGCGAAUGUUUAAGCGGACGAUGUUACAGACUUGAUAAACAUUGCGACGGUAUAUUGGACUGUGACGAUGGUACAGACGAAGCCAGAUGUAAAACUGGCAAUGCAACAGACUUAGCUCUCUUCCGUAAAAAUCGUUUCAAUAGAAUUCAACGGCAAUACGACAACGUCUGGUUAUGGAAAGACAUCAAUAUCGGGCCGCAUGGUCGUAAAAUAUUUAACAUCGACGUGCCCCGACGACCUGUUCACUGGAUGGUGACCGUUUUUAGUAUGAGUCCGAAUCGUGGUUUCGGAAUGUUACCAAAAGCUAUAGAAUAUACCGGCGUGUUGCCGUUCUUCAUUAACGUCGAAAUGCCGACGUACUGUCAUCAAGGGGAACAAGUUGGUGUCCGUGUCUCUGUCUUUAAUUAUUUGCCGUAUAAUAUUGAAGCGACUGUUGUCUUAGCAGAUUCGCGUGACUACAAAUUCGUUCAUGUUGAAGAAGACGGUAUCGUUAGAUCUUAUAACCCAAGAACGUCAUUUGGAGAGCAUCAAUUUUUCAUCUGGAUUCCUGCUCAAGAUGCUGUCGUUGUUUACCUGCCAAUUGUACCAGUUCGUCUUGGUGAUAUCAAAGUUAAAGUUUACGCGUUGACGAUAAUAGGAAAGGAUACAGUCGAGCGUACGAUUCAUGUUGAGUCUGACGGAAUUCCUCAGUAUCGACAUCAAUCAGUUCUACUGGAUUUGAGUACUCGAGGUUUAUUGACGUUACAUAUGCAUGUAAAUCUUACGGCGACACCGGAAGUAUCUUAUGCUGAAGAUCGUUACUAUGUGUACGGUUCAAAUCGAGCUAAAAUAAGUGUCGUCGGUGACGUUGUUGGUCCCAUAUUUGAUACGAUGCCCGUAAACGCUACAAGUUUAUUGGGACUUCCGAUGGACUGCGCAGAACAAAAUAUGUUCAGUUUUGCUGCCCAUAUGUACACGACUCUUUACAUGCGAUGGGUAAAUCAGCGAAAUUUAAAACGAGAGAGAGAAAGUUUCAAUUAUAUGAAUGUUGCGUAUCAACGGCAGUUGUCAUUCAUGAAUCCCGAUGGAUCUUUCAGUUUAUUCAGAAGUGAUUGGAAUCAAUCUUCAUCGAGUGUCUGGCUCACGGCUUUCUGUGCUCGGAUUUUUCAAGAAGCGAAUUUCGCAGAGUGGGAAAAUCAUCUUUACAUAGACCCCGAAGUCAUAAAAGCGUCGAUCAAUUGGGUCUUGAAACAUCAAACGCAAGAAGGUUCAUUCUAUGAAAUCACCUGGUUACCAGACAGAAAAGUCAACAGUUCAUUUGAUGAUGAAUUUGAUUUCAUACGUCACAGAAAUUUAAGUCUUACUGCUCAUGUAUUGAUAACUUUGGUGUCAGUUAAAGAUUUGUCAGGAGAACUUGGGACGAGGGUUGCGUUGAGUGAAGCAAAAGCAAUAAGAUGGCUUGAGAUAAAUUUAAAACACUUAGAUGCACAUGGAUCGCCAUAUGAAAUAGCGAUUGUUGCUUACGCACUUUCUCUCGCUAAAUCUUCCAGUGCAGAGUAUGCAUUUUCUAUACUUAAUACACGGCUUAUUGAAGAAGAAGGUUUCAUGUACUGGGGUCGUGAACGUCUUCCACCUUUACCAAGUAAACAAGAAAACAACAGACCCUAUCAUUUGCCAAGACUGCCGUAUGCUUAUGACGCGGAAAAUAUUGAAGCUACUGCUUAUGCAUUGUUGAUCUACGUUGCAAGACAGGAAACUAAAAUUGAUGGGAUAGUGCGGUGGUUAAAUUCACAAAGGCUGACUGAUGGUGGUUGGGCAUCAACUCAAGACACGAUGUGGGCGAUGAAAGCGCUUAUGCAAUAUACAUCUAAAUCGAGACUUCGAGAAGUCAGUGAAUUAUCUCUUCAAGUCGAACCAACUGCUCUAAAUGGUCAAGUUAAAAGAUUUGAGAUCAAUGAAAAAAAUAUUGCUAAGCUUCAGAGUUUUGACAUACCUGAAGCAUGGGGAACAGUCCAGAUGGUUAUUGAAGGCUCUGGUUAUGUGAUUAUUCAAAUGUCAGUGCAAUAUAACGUUGAUUUGCAGAAGUUCCAAACAGAACCACCAGUUAAAGCAUUUGAUUUGGUUGUCAGACACAACACAUAUGGAAGAAAUCAGUCUCACAUAAAUUAUCUCAGUUGUCAGAGGUGGACCAACGUUAAUGAAUCAGUAAGAUCUGGAAUGGCUGUACUGGAUGUCACAAUACCCACUGGUUAUAUAAUUCAGCAGCAAAAUUUGGAUGCAUAUGUCCGCGCAAGAGAAGUGAGAAAUCUACAACGCGCACGAUUUACCGAACGAAAGGUUUUGUUUUAUUUCGAUUACUUAGACGAUGAAGAAACUUGUGUUAAUUUCACCAUCGAAAGGUGGUAUCCUGUUGCAAAUAUGUCGCGUUAUUUAGCUGUCAGAGUUUACGAUUAUUAUGCACCUGAACGUUUUAACGAAACGAUAUUUGAUGCAUUAUCAACAUAUCUUUUGAACGUUUGCGAAGUCUGUGGUAGUUCACAGUGUCCGUACUGCCCGAUUUAUAAUGCCGCUAUGACAUUAUCAACACCCGUAGUAUUCAUAAUUGUUAUUUCAUUAUUUUUUACCAAUGUUAGGUAUUUUACAACACAAGAAUUUAGUAUCGGAUAGUUAAUUUAAGUACAAAUUUUUUUUUUAUUAAAUUAGGAUGAGUACAAAAAAAUUUUAAAUCAUCCGCAGUAAAAAAUUUAUGAAUGCCGUUAUGUUAUAUCAUAGAUAUCGUCAUUUUUUUAAAACUAUACUGGUUGCCUUAUUAAAAUUAAUGAAUAUUUAAUGUUAGCUUUUAAAUUAUUUUUUUAAUUAAAAUUAACAAUGAAAAAAAUCAAAUUAUUCGAAAUACGCACAACAGACUGAUUAAAAAAAAUCGAGUAUUUUUUUUUUUCAAAAAUUAUAAGAAAAAUAUUAUUCGAGAUGACGAAAAAAAAAUACUGUUAAAGUCUGAGCUCUUAAUAUUAAAAUUAACAUCCGCCUCAUUGCAAUUUUCGAUUUCCCAUUUAAAUAACAUGGAGAAAAUUUUAUGAAAGUUUGGAAUUUUAUCACUCACCAGGAAAUCGGUGUAUCGGAAAUUUCAAUAAAUAUUUUUGUUAAAAAUAGAACGCUCUACAAAAAAGGUCUCUUAUCAUUUUUCGAUAAAUUUAAUUUUUCAAAAGUUGUUCGAGGUCAAAGUUGGAUUCAUUCUAAAUUUCAGUAUUAUUUGACUUUUGCGGCGAAACUAUCAGACUUAUCUUAAAAUGUUAUAGAACCUUUUUUGUAGAUCAUUUGAUUUCCUAUAAAUUAUCUCUUAUCAAGUUUCCGAAAUUAUUGAAAGUUCUUUAGUUAUUUGCGUUCAAAGGUAAGUAAAUAAAAUCGACCAGAAUACGAUUUCUUGGAACGAAUUAACAUGUAAAUGAAAAUAACUAAAGGGCUUUCAGUAAUUCAGAAAACUUUGCGAAAAAUAACUUGUAGGAAGUGAAAUGAUCUACAAAAAAGGUCUUAUAACAUUUUAAGAUGAGAAAAAGUCAAAUAAUACUAAAAUUUACUAUGGAUCCAACUUUGACCUCGAAUAAUUUUUGAAAAAUUAAAUUUAUCGAAAAAUGAUAGAGACCUUUUUUGUGAAUCGUUCAAUUUUCAUCAAAAAUAGUCAUUAAUUUUUCCGAAGCACCGAUUCCCUGGUGAGUGAUAAAAUUUCAAACUUUAAAAAAAAUUUUUCCCAUGUUAUUUAAAUGAGAAAUCGAAAAUUGCGAUGAGGCGGUUGUUAAUUUUAAUAUUAAGAGCUCGAACUUUAACAGUAUUUUUUAUUCGUCAUCUCGAACAAUAUUUUCCAUAUAAUUUUUGAAAAAAAAAUUAGUCGAUUUUUUUGAAUCAGUCUAACGCACAUAUUAAUGAUUUAUGUACAUGUACAGUGCUACUUUAAACGACUUUUUUUUAUAUGAUUUAGAAUCUCAUAGAAAUAUAUUAUUAAUAUUAGUAUUUAAAUAAAAAUUAUAUACGAAGAUUUAACUGAAUUGGCAACUUGUACAUAGUAGGUGAUAUUUUUAAAGAUGAAAAAGAAAAAAAAUAUACUUAUGUUGACAUGUUGCUUUAAAGCCGUCCAGUAGACACAUGUGUACAUGUGCUCUGCAAUAAAUAUUUUAUAAUUAAGAUAUAUUUUUAAAAAUUUAGAUAAUAUUUAUCUAAGUCAAUUGUAAUGAGUAAUUAAAGUUAUAUAAUUAUAUGUUAAAUUUACAUGGCAAAUUUUCUGGUUACAUUUUAUAUUUGUAAUGCGUUAAAAAAUAUGACUAUUUUUUAAACCGUCCAUUUUUAUUGAUUUAUAGUGUAAGUAGAUGAAAAAUUAUUUUAAUCUAAAAGCAUUUUCUUUUUCAUCGAAAUAAUUUUUCCCAGUGUUCAUUCGUACUUUAGAAAAAUAGUUAACUAUUAAAUGAACACCGAGUUUAAGUAUUUUUUUACUUACUCAUAAUUGUAACUCAUUUUAUACUGUUACAAUAUAUUAAAUAUAUGCCGU